CAUCCUGCAGGUGCAGAUGCAGUGUAGACAGAGGAAUUGGGAAUAGGGGAUGGAGUCCUUACAGGAAGCAGGGUGGGAAGAAGUGUAGUCCAGAUAGCCAUGGGAGUCGGUGGGUUUGUAGUAGAUGUCGGUCAGUAGCCUGUUACCUGCGAUGGAGAUGGUGAGAUCUAGAAACGGUAGGGAGAUGUUGGAAAUGGUCCAGGUGAAUUUGAGUGCUGGAUGGAAGUUAGUGGUGAAAUGGAUGAAGUCAGUGAGUUCUGCAUGGGUGCAGGAGGUAGCACCAAUGCAGUCAUCAAUGUAGAGUUUGGGGGUAGGGCCACGGUACACUUUGGAGGAUUGUUCAACGUACCCAACAAAGAGGCAGGCAUUGCUGAGGCCCAUACGCAUGCCCAUAGCUAGCCGUGGAUUUGGAGGAAAUGGGAGGAGUCAAAGGAAAACUGAUCAGGGUAAGGACCAGCGCCGCUAGGUGAGGAGAGUAUUAGCAGAUGGGGAUUAGUUGGUUCUGCGGUCGAUCGAGGAAGAAACGGAGGGCUUUAAGACCCUCCUGGUGGGGGAUUGAGGUGUAGAGUGACACCCCUCCCACAUCAGUCUGAAGAAGGGUCUCGACCCGAAACGUCGCCUAUUCCUUCGCACCAUAGAUGCUGCCUCACCCGCUGAGUUUCUCCUGCUUUUUUUUGUCUACCUUGGAUCGUUUAUUGUUGCUUCGUGUUUCUAGGUUGAGAUUUCCUGUCUGUCACGGCGGUCAGAUGCCAGGAGAUGUGUUACAAGGAGACGAAGAAGGGUCUCGACCCGAAACGUCACCCAUUCCUUCUCUCCAGAGAUGCUGCCUGUCCGCUGAGUUACUCCAGCUUUUUGUGUACAUCAUUAGUUUCACGCCCUCUGCCUCGAGUAGAGAUGCGGUACCAACAGAGGGCGCCACGAUUCACUCUCCUCCUCUUAGUGCACAACACGGCGAGUUUCAGCCCAGCUCCCUUUCUCAUUUAUGAACGACUCUUCCUGUGUAUUAACUGGAGGCACCGAGCACCUCGUUUGCAGCACAUGUGACUGCUUAGGCCGGGUGUCAAAACCAAGUCAGUAACCAGCCGCUCAAAACAUGAGCGCCUCAAACAUCAAAACUUGUUGAUGCAUAUGUGCUGGGCAUCUUAACAUUAUGCGGAACUGAAUAGGAUCAGUGCAUCUUAACGGCGUGGAUGCAUCUUACCGCUGUGGACGGAUCUCUUUUUUUUCACGAUACAACUUAACAUAUUCACCUAUUUGGUGAAUUCUCUCCACUAACACGGUUUUAAUAUAGAGCACGUUCGUGAUACAGUUUGGUCCCAGGAGAUGCCACCUGAUCAGGACAUGGUGGCGGUAGGGUGGGACGGGGUUUAGGACGGACAGUUGUUUGACCCUCUCCUUUGCCCCAUGCGGAGACCACAAUUGCCCGGAGCAAGCGGUUGUGUUUAAUGCAUCAGCUGUCGUGGUCCGCAGCGAAGAGCUCAACCGGUACGCCGGUGCCAAAUACAGGCUAGUCGUGCCCACCUGAGCCGAGCCGUGCUCAGCAGAGUUAAACUGAACCCACUUGAACGAAGCCGAACCCAGCUGGGGCGAGCCGUGCUCUGCAGAGCUAAACCGUCCAUACUUGAGCUAAACCGAGCCCAGCUGAGCCGAGCCGUGCAACAGCUGAGCUAAACCGUGCCCAGCUGGGGCGAGCCAUGCACAGCUGAGCUAAACCGUGCCUACUUGAGCUAAGCAGUAACCAGCUGAGGCAAACCGUGCCCACCUGCGCCGUGCCGUGCCCAGCUGUUGCGCUCUGUAGCGAGCCGUCAGCUGGUGUGUUGCGAGGCACUGGGCGGCUUAGACGAGCCGAGCUCCGCCCACACGGCUGGCUGGCUCGCCUGGAGUUUGGCACAUUUCAUCUUAACCCGAGUUGCUCUGGCGGAGAGAGAGAGAGAGAGAGAGAGAAGCAGCUGAUGGUGGGAAAGUGUCCAAGUUGUGGAGGCGUCCUCUGCACUGAAGCUCCCGCUGACUGCACUCUGUGUGCGGCGGGAGGCUUGGGUUCACCCCCUCUCAUUCUCCCACCCUCUCGGACAUGCAGGAGCAAGCAGUCUCGGAAUGAAGGGGCAGAUGUGGUUCGGGACACGUCUCCGGCAGCAAUGGUUUAAUCAGAGGGCUGGUGAAGUUUAAUUUUCCUUUGACAGCGAUACCAUUAGCUGCAGAGGAAUCUUGCAGGGGAAGCAGCCCAGGAGACCCCGAUUGAACAUGAAUUCUGUGUCCACAAACAAGGAGCGAGCUGCCUUUGCAAGGAAUCGGAAGCAUGCGGCGACGGCGGAGAGUUAUUCGCCCACUAAAUUGGCAAGUUUCGCCCCAGAAAUCUGGUCCAGGAAAGGGUUUCAGAUGUACGAAGAUUCCCGUGUUGCAAACAGACCUGCACCGGAGGGAGCCGGCUCGGUGCCGGGCUCGGGCACCGCUUCGCCCGCUUCCAGCACUGGUUCCCCCGGCUCGUCCAGCGGAUCGCCGGGAUCAUUGGCCGCCUCGUCUCCCGGUUCCCCGGGCACCGGCUCCCCGGGUUCGGCCACCGGCUCGCUGGGCUCCGCGGGCUCGGACGAUAAAAGGAUUUGGUGCGAGAAUUGCAACACCAGGCUGGUGGAACUGAAACGGCAGGCGUUGAAGAUGAUGGUCCCCGGUGCCUUCCCCAGCAAGGACCCGGCACUCUCAGCACUGAUCCACGACAAGCUGCAGGUGCCCAACACCAUCCGCAAGGCCUGGAACGAGCGGGACAACAGGUGCGACAUCUGUGCCACCCACCUGAACCAGCUGAAGCAGGAGGCCCUUCAGAUGGUGCAGACACUGGAGCAGGCGGCCUCCCUGGAGCCGUUCGACCCAUCGCCCGGCUCCUCCCCACCGCCGCUCUCUAACAUCCCCUCGCUGGUGGGCUCACGCAACGUCGGCACGCUGCCGCCCCUCCGUGACUGGGCCUUCGUCCCCGCCGCCUAUGCCUCCACCACCACCUACGCCGGCUUCCUUAGCAACAAGCACACGGGCAAGCCCAACUCACUGGGUGUCGGCGGAGAGGCGGAGAGGAAGGGUGUCAUGUCCGCUCACCCCGGCACCAAGGUGGGGCUACACAUGCCCACCAGCCCCAGCAACGGCAACAUCCUCAGCACUGUCGCCAUCCAGGCUCACCAGUACCUGGAGGGAACCUGGUCCGUGUCCAGGUCAAACGGCGUGACCCUCUACCCCUACCCGAUAUCCCAGCUGAUGUCCGAGAAUUGCCGGGAGGGAUUGACUGAGGCUGUCCUGAACCGCUACAACUCAGACAAGCCGUCGGUGUACAGUUUCCCAAGCUCCCAGAGCACCUAUGUGACCAGCGUGGCUUCAAGUGGGACCUCAGCAGCCGCCUCGUUCUUUGUCAGGGCUGCCCAGAAGCUGAAUCUGUCUUCCAAGAAGAAGAAGCACCACCGGCCUCCUGCCCUGAACGUGUGCGAGCCCCCACCAUUCCCGACCAACUUCAGUGGGAUCCUGCAGAUGUCCUCGCCCCCGGCACCACCGUGCCUACUGCGGGCCAUCGGCAAGUUGAAGGACAAUCCCGGGAUGGGCAAGGUAAAGGUCAUGCUGCGCAUCUGUCCAGCCUCGGUGGGGGACUUGUCCGAAUCGAGCUGCUUCUUUAAAGUGGACCCUCGUAAGAAGCAGAUCACUCUGUACGACCCUCCGGUUAACGGGCUGCAGAACUCCUCCCAGAAGAGGGGCUGCCUGGUGCCGCCAAAGAUGUUCGCCUUCGAUGCCGUAUUCCCACAGGACUCUUCACAGGCUGAGGUUUGCGCAGGGACUGUAGCGGAGGUCAUCCAGUCCGUGGUGAACGGGGCAGAUGGCUGCGUGUUCUGCUUUGGCCACACCAAACUAGGGAAGUCCUACACCAUGAUUGGGAGAGAUGACUCCGUGCAGAACCUGGGCAUCAUCCCCUGCGCCAUCUCCUGGCUUUUCAAACUGAUUAAUGAGAGGAAGGAGAAGACAGGAGCUCGAUUCUCUGUCCGGGUCUCGGCAGUCGAAGUCUGGGGGAAGGAAGAAAACCUGAAGGAUCUGCUGUCUGAGGUGGCUACAGGCAGUCUGCAGGACGGCCAGUCUCCAGGAGUCUACCUUUGUGAGGACCCGAUCUGUGGAAUGCAGCUCCAGAAUCAGAGCGAGCUCCGCGCACCCACGGCAGAAAAGGCAGCCUUCUUCCUGGACGCCGCCAUCGCUUCCCGCCGGAGCAGCCGGUCCGAGUGCGACGAGGAGGAGCUGCGCAACUCCCACAUGCUCUUCACCCUGCACAUCUACCAGUACCGCAUGGAGAAGAGCGGCAAGGCCGGAAUGUCAGGAGGUCGGAGCCGCUUACACCUCAUUGACCUGGGAAGCUGCGUCAAAGUGCUGAGCAAAAGUCGGGAGGGAGGUUCCGGGCUCUGCCUCUCCCUGUCUGCACUGGGAAAUGUCAUCCUGGCUCUGGUCAACGGCACCAAGCACAUCCCCUACAAGGAGAGCAAACUGACCAUGCUGCUGCGGGAGUCGCUGGGCAACCUGAACUGCCGGACCACCAUGAUUGCCCACAUCUCGUCCUCCUCCAGCCACUAUUCCGAAACCCUGUCCACCAUCCAGAUCGCCUCCAGAGUGCUCCGAAUGAAGAAGAAGAAAACAAAGUACACCUCCAGUUCGUCCGGGGGUGAGAGCUCGUGCGAGGAAGGGAGGAUGCGGCGCCCCACCCAGCUGCGGCCCUUCCACCCGCGGCCUGGUGCUGACCCCGAGCUGCCCCUCUUGCACCUGGUGGGUGAGGCUGACUACUCGUCCAGCAGCGAGCAGUCGUGCGACACGGUGAUCUACGUGGGUCCCAACGGCACCGCCCUGUCGGACAAGGAGCUGACCGACAACGAGGGCCCGCCGGACUUUGUCCCCAUCAUCCCCUCGCUGCAGAAGAGCAAGAAGGAGGCAGGGCCAGAGGCCGGGGCGGAGGGGGACUGCCUGAAGUGCAACACCUUCGCUGAGCUGCAGGAGAGGCUGGAGUGCAUCGAUGGCAGCGAAGAGCCCACCAAGUUCCCCCUUGAGGAGACCCCCACCGUGCCCAGCACCGAGACCCCCGCCCGGCACGAGGAGGCGAUUGAGCCCACACCCCCUCAGCACGGCAAUGAGUGCAGCGAGGAGCCUGCGUGGACCGGGCCCCAGGCCUCACCGACACCCACCACGUCCGGCCCUUCCCCAUCCCCUUCCCCUGCCACUGGUGCCCCCCAGCCAGGCCUGGCGAGAGGGCAGAACGCCAAGGAGGCCUGGCACGUGGGCGGAGCCCCAGAGCCGAAGCCGAGGCCCAUGGGUUCACCACGGCUGGGCGUGGCCAGCCUGUCGAAGACGGCGGAGUACAGGCCCCAACACUCCCCCUCCCAGCGCUGCAAGGUAUAUACUCAGAAAGGUUCCCUGCCCAGCCCCGCCCCGCCUCCCCCACAGCCUGAGAUCCGGGCUGCACCGGUGGGAAUGAGCCCUCAGGCGGCCAAGAAGGCCGGGGAGCGGCCAGCACGGGAUGAGCCGGAGCGGAGCAGGGAGGAUGAGCUGGUCUUCGCCCUGGUGGAGGAGCUGAGCAUCAGCGGGGUCCUGGGUGAGGGCAGGCCCACCAGCAUCAUCAGCUUCGACAGCGACUGCUCCCUGCUGGCCCUGGCCUCGGGCUCCCGGCCCGCCAGCACCAUCAGCAGCAUGAGCGAGGGCCCAGAGGGCGAGACGGGCCCUGCCACCCUCUCCGAGGUCAGCCUAGCCCGGUUCCUGCCCUUCCCCAAGCCGGGCCUGGACCAGAGGCUGCUGGUGUCCGCCAGCCGACGCUCCUCCAUCAGCUCGUGGCUGAGCGAGGUGAGCGACGGCGAGCAAUCGUCCCACAGCUUUGUGGCGCAGAACAGCCGCGGCUUCGGCGAGGCUCUGGCCGACCCCUCGGCGGUGGGGGAGCUGCCCGACGAGUGCCUGGCCUACCUGCGGGCCGGCAAGUACUCCAUCCUCGACAAGUUCCUGGGCCUGCAGGACGAGGACUCCGAGACCAGGAGCCUUUACCAGGUGGCCGCCAAUCACAACAAUAACAUAUCCACCCUGGGGAAGGCCACUCUGCCCAUCACCAAAUCCCCUAGCCUCCCCAUCCAGGCCGAAGAACUGGCCCAGCCCUGCACCCAACCGAAGCCAGUCGAGCAGGCCCACGAAGGCGAAAGGCCCCAGGAUUUUGCCCCCGCACCCCCCUCUACCCAGCACCAUGAGGCUGAGACAGCGGGCGACCAGGCCUCGAGCGGGAUGAAGUUUGAGGAUCCGUGGCUGAAGCGUGAAGUGGAGGAGGAAGAAGAUGAGAGAGAGGCCGAUCCAGAUAGGAGCCAUGGGGCGGAGGGCCUGACACAGAACCGGAAUAAGGCCUGGGGCCGGGCGGAGAGUGGGGAGUCCAGAGAGUGUCCCGGCAGGCCGGAUCACCUCGGGCGCGUGGCAGACGGCUGUGAGACCAACCUCGACUCCCCCUCCAGUCAGGCCCCCACUUUGCCCUGUCGCCAUGAUGACCCCGAGGCCCCAAGGGCACCCUGCCCGGGCACGGAGACCACGGCCGCACCCUCGCAGGCCUCGGCCCCUUGCAGUCCCAGGAACACCCUGGAGAGGAAGCUGGGUUCCCCGAAGCAAGGGGCGCUGCCCAGGCCCAAGGGCAUGCCCCCCCUGCCACCCGUCCGCAAGUCCAGCCUGGACCAGAAGAACAGAGCCAGCCCGCAGCACGUGCCUUCCAGCCCGGCCGGGCCUGGGCAGGCCAGCACCCCAGAUGAGUGGAGCCCCCAGGGCAAGGCCAAGGCCCUUGGCACAGACAUUGGCAGCAAGUGGAGCAGCGGGAAGCUUGAGCUGGCCGGCUCCCGGGGCAACUCCCUGAACAGGAGGUAUGCCGGGCAGUACCACUGCCUGUCCCUGGAGAGGGUGGGGAGCCUGACAUCCGUGGGGUCGAAGGUCAGCACCGGAAGAGACAGCACCAUGCCGCGGGCCGGCCGCAGCCUGAACCGGGCCGGCCCCUCCUCGCCCACGCACUCGGGCCCAGCCCCGGCCUCCUCCCCCAAGCCCAGCCCCUCCAAGAUGUCCGCCGUGGGCAAGCUGCUGCUGGCCGGCCCUAAGUCCCGGAGCCUGUCUGCCUCCAGCACCAAGACGCUGAGCUUCUCCACCAAGUCACUGCCGCAGUCGGUGGGCCGCAGCUCCAGCAUGCCCUCCGACUCUAAGAACAUGUCGUGGUCUACGCAGUCCCUGAGCAGCAAGCAGGGCCGGACCUCCAGCAUAGUGGCCAAAUUGCCCCUCCGGGCCGUCAACGGCCGCAUCUCCGAGCUGCUGCAGGGCAGCGCCGGCCCACGGGCCCACCGCCCGCCACCGGGGGGCGGCACAGAGGGGCAGGGGCCGGACAAGGCAACCCCCACCCUGCAGGCCCUGCCCUCGCCCUACAGCAAGAUCACACCGCCCCGCAAGCCCCACCGCUGCAGCAGCGGGCACGCCAGCGACAAUAGCAGCGUGCUGAGCGGGGAGCUGCCCCCUGCCAUGGGAAAGACCGCACUCUUCUACCACAGCGGUGGCUCCAGUGGCUAUGAGAGCAUGAUGAGGGACAGCGAGGCCACCGGCAGCGCCUCCUCUGCUCAGGACUCCACCAGCGAGAACGGCAACUCCGUAUCUGGCCGCUGCAGGAGCCUGAAGUCGCCCAAGAAAAGGACCAAUGCAGGAUCACAGAGGCGACGCCUCCUCCCUGGCCUGUCGCCCGAGGUUGCACCUCCAGCCAGAAAACCAGCCACCAGCUCCAGCCUCCGCUGGGUGGAUCUCCGGCCUGUGCAGAGGGGGAUGGCAGAACCGUUUGAGAUCAAGGUCUACGAGAUUGACGACGUGGAGCGAUUACAAAGGAGGAGGGCAGCAGACAGCAAGCUGCGAGGAUUUAUCUGUUUCAACGCAAAGCUGAAAAUAUUGGAGAAUCGGCAGCAAAGGAUUUCAGAGGUCAAAACCAAAUACAACGUGUUGAUGCAGGAGCUGGAGGCAACCAAACAGCGGUUGAUGUUGGAGCCCAGUAAAUGGGUCAGUGAAUUUGACCUGGACCAGGGUUUUGAGGUCGAUUCCUUGGAAUACCUGGAGGCCCUGGAGUGUGUCACCGAGCGACUGGAAAACCGGGUCAACUUCUGCAAAGCUCACCUCAUGAUGAUCACCUGUUUUGACAUCGCCUGCGGGAGGCGUUAACGGGCUGGGGGAGGGGGGGGGGAAGGGGUUGUGAACGGCGAGCGAGUAUAAGGAAGAAAACAAAACACCCAAAGAUAGCAGGAAGACGACAAACGGAAGCGCAAGGUGUGAAGCAUGUACGUGAAGAGUUUUAUCUUUUUCCCCAAAACGGAAUGUAAAAAAGAGAGAAGGAAAAGCAGAGAUGAAUAUGGGAGUAUGAGAAUGUCUUUUCUUUCGACAGAUUGAUAGAGCACUUUCAGGAAUUUUGGUGAUGUAUAUAUGAAUGGCUUGCUCCAGUUCCCUUUUCUUCACAGCGUGGGUAUGGGCUGGGUGUGGGUGUGGAAUGAAGGGCUGUUUCUGAGAAACUCGGAACCAUAUACAGAAGGACUACAAGUGCCUUGUAAACUUUAUUAUAUUAUCCAAAAUCUUACAUGGACUCAUUUUUGUACAGUUGUGUGUUGAUGAUGCAUAUUUUGCCGUACGGUUAUAGAGGCAGUAUCCAUUUUGUAGACCAAACUCAAACCUACACACCAUUCCUGUUUUAUAUCCAUCAGCAUUCUCACUAAACCGGGGGAAGGGGAGGGGCGGGGCGGGAGGGGGAAUUAACACAGUUUGGGAGGGGAGAAUGCUUGUGAUAUCAUGUUUCCUUCUGAGCCCCUGGAGGAUUAUUCAGUAAUGGUUUGAAUCACUUUUGAAUGAUGUUUCAUGGUACUUUUUUAUAUAAAGAUAUGGCCGAUUGUAAAGGGUAUUGUUGUGUGGAUUUGAGUUUUAAAAUCCAGUAGAUUUUCAUUGAACAAGAAAUAAAAGGGUAAUGUUUCAGUAA